AGAUCAAACCGCGUUAUUUUAGGUUUUACGCUUUAAAGUCCUUUCAUCUAAACGGAGUAUUUUCCCCCUUUUUUCGUUUAACUGGAUGUAAAAUAAUAAAUAAAUUAAAAACAAACACUUUCAUUCUAUUCCAGGCAGUGAUGGACUGCUCAAGAUAAAAUAAUCCAUUUUUCAAGUUGGACUGAUUGCUUUUAGGGUUUUGUGAUGUGAUUUCCAGAGGUUCUGUUUGCAAAGUUUUUCUCCUCCAACCUGCAGGACUGCGUCGGACUAAGCACCCCCGCAGACAAGCAGGAGUUGACGCGAGCAGGGUGAAGUGGAGAUGGCCCAUCAGCGCGCUUCUUUGCGUCUCACUCGCUUUUUGUGUCGUCCUAAAGUCCGGCAGGUUCGCACGGUUUGGUUUUAGCCGCCGGACUCCGGUGGAGAGCUGGGAUUCUCACUGUUGGAUCUACAGGAUGCUUCGUCUUUUUCUCUCGCACAAUGUGCAACCAGAGGACAAGUGGAUCAGUUUGACAAGUUCUCGUGUCAUUUUCUUUUAAUCCCGGAAACACCUCGUUAAAAAAAAGAACAUUUUCUAAAGCGCAAUGAUUUUAACAACUUUUGUCAUUAUACUGUCCUUUCUGGAUUCUGUGUUCACCCUGAAGGGUGACAGCGGCUCAGCAUCCCGAGCCGUCCGACUGGACUGCGUAAAGGCCAGUGAACAAUGUCUAAAGGAGUACUCCUGCAGCACCAAGUACCGGACAAUGAGGCAGUGUGUGGCGGGGAGGGAGAGCAACUUCAGCGCGGUCCACGGUGCCGAGGCGCAGGGCGAGUGCCGCAGCGCUAUAGAUGCCAUGAAGCAGAGCCCCCUUUACAACUGUCGAUGCCGAAGAGGCAUGAAAAAGGAGAAGAACUGCUUGCGGAUAUUUUGGAGCAUAUAUCAGAGUUUACAGGGUAACGAUUUGCUGGAAUACUCUCCAUAUGAACCAGUGAAUAGCCGCCUCUCGGAUAUCUUCCGCCUGGCUCCCAUCAUAGCUGUCGAGCCUGCCUCCACAAAGGAGAACAACUGUCUGAAUGCUGCCAAGGCCUGUAACUUGAAUGACACAUGUAAGAAGUAUCGCUCGGCUUACAUCAACCCCUGCACUAGCAGGGUGUCCACUUCUGAGGUUUGCAACAAGCGCAAAUGCCACAAGGCUCUAAGACAGUUCUUUGACAAGGUUCCCACGAAAUACAGCUAUGGGAUGUUGUUUUGCGCCUGUCCAACGGGGGAUCAGACAGCAUGUGCAGAACGCAGACGUCAAACCAUUGUACCAGUGUGCUCCUACGAGGAUAAGGACAAAACCAACUGUUUAUCUCUUCAAAACACAUGUAAGACCAACUACAUAUGCAGGUCAAGACUGGCAGACUUCAUCAGCAACUGUCAGCCAGAGGUUCACUCCAUAUCCGGCUGUCUUAGAGAGAACUAUGCUGACUGUCUGCUUUCUUACUCAGGUCUUAUUGGUACAGUGAUGACACCCAAUUAUGUGCGAUCCUUUGGAAUUAGCCUGUCGCCGUGGUGUGACUGCAGUGGCAGUGGGAACAACAAGCCUGACUGUGAUAAAUUUGUUGAGCUGUUCACCAACAACCGAUGUCUACGUAACGCCAUCCAGGCUUUUGGGAAUGGUACAGACGUUGGGGUCUGGCAACCCCAGCCCCCGAUUCAGCCCACAGUAGACCUUAGCAUCACUCGGAAGGGUAAAGCACGAACCAAUAAUGCUCUGGAUGCACUGACGGACAUGACCAAACUGGAUCUUGAUGGCAACUCACUAUAUCACAUCUGCGGGACCCUGCAGGCUCAAAAGCUAGUGUCAAAUCAAACAGUGGACUCUGCUCUGUGUGUGAACCAUCAACUGGAUGAGUCCAACAACUCAAACGCCAUUGCUAGAAGUUCGCCAGCUGAAAUCACCUGCUCACACCCCUCAGUGAUGCUCCUCGCGCUGGCCUUAGCCUUCACAUCAACACUACUGCAGCUUGAAGGUUUCCUGCUUUUGUAGACUCUGAGGACUAUCGCUCAACAUUUUUAUCUGGAGAACUGAUUGGACCCUUUUUAAUUUAGACAUCUGCCCAACUCCACCAGCUACAUUUUUCUUUAAUUAGAAGCGACCAAACAGCACGGUAAGAACAGUGAAAUCAGGCAACAGUGGAUUAUAUCUAAGGAUGACAUGUUGGCUGCUGUGUGGAAAACAGACUUGCUGAAUCUGUUGCUGAGAUAUCAGCUCAUUUGCCUUCCAUACCUCAUGGGGACAAUUUGACUUCAAGAAUCUGAUUCAUGCUUAGGAGCAUUCUUUUUUUUAAGGGGUGGAAAUAAACCCUGUGAUCUGAUGUGAAUAAAUGCAUUUCUUUGGAAUGUGUGCAGCCGCUGCAUAUUUGACUGAAUAGACUGCCAACAUGCUGAAGAGUGUUUUAAGCAUAAAAUGCAUCAUUCUUUGCACAACUGUGCUAUGAUUUGCCCGUCAAUAACCUUGAUUUAGGUCACGAAAAGCAGAAAUGGAAAAGCGUUAAACUAAAAGCGGACAAAAUUGACAAGUAACAUUUACUGGUGUGACAUUUGAUUCAUCAAACACUGAAACUCAUUCCAAUUUGUCAAGAUAUCCUCAAAGGACAAAAAAGACACAUCUGCCAGAAGAAAGUAACACAUUUUUCUUCUACACAUUCAGUACUUGGUAUAGACUAGUUUUGUAUAUUUGAUUGUCAUGGUGCUUUGUGGCUUUAUCCCAUCGCCUUUGUAAAAAUGACACACGAGUGCACACUCUAUUACUGUAUGCUGCUGUUAGCUUGUAACAUAUUGUCUGUAAUAUUUUGGGAUUCUAUGUUAGUAUCUGGUGACUGAGGCGCCUCAGCUUUAUCCAGCUUAGCUGUGAUCUAUGAAAUGUGAUGAGGUGUGGUUCUUUUCCUCACGUGAUUACGGAUAUGACUAUCGUGUGACUAUAUUUUGAUGGUAAAGUGCAUAAUGUUAGCUUAAACGGUAUUUUUCUCUAACGUCAAACUCUCUGUAACAGUACCAAGAACAUAAAGAAUUCACAAAAGUGACUCUAAUGGCUAAAAAGUCAAAUAUGCUUUGUUUUCUUUGAUCCCGGCUCUUCAGUCUGCCAGCAUUCUCAUUUCUUUCUGGGGUUUGAUGAAUAAAGAAUGUGAACAUACCCACAACUAGAGCAAAUGCCAAAAGACAAAAGCCAAUAGACAUUAAUUGCUGGCAAUUACUGCUGAUGCAAAUGGAGGAAAAGAUUAAAAAAAACAUUAUGUACUUAAUGGGACCGCAAUUAUCAAAGACAUUCAAAGAAUAUACAAAAUAAUGAAGACUUGUUUUAAAACAUCCCUACCAUUACCAAAAAUGUGUAAAGUGUGUCUCUUAUUAUAAUCCUGUCAUAUAGGAGCCUUGUUGAUAUCUAAGCUAAAGCCUGUAAUGAUGCACUUCUUGGCUGUUGUGCAUCAGCCAGGGUUUGGGUUAAACAGUCAGACACUUUAUGUACAAGUUACAAUUUGGUCAUUUGGUGUUUGGCAAUCUGCUGAAAUAAAAAUGAUGAACA